UCAGAGUUUAUUGUAUAGUUUAAUACUUCAAGAGGAAUCAAUAUACAAUUGAAUGAAAAUAUAUUUCUGUUUUUUAAGGCAAUGGCAAGCUUAAAAAAAGGGUCAUCAGCAUUGGAUGCAGUUGUUAUAGCUGUGAGGUACUUAGAGGAUGCUGCAUGUACAAACGCAGGUAUAGGAUCUAGUCUAAGUCUGGAUGGUACAGUUGAGUGUGAUGCCAGUGUUAUGGAUGGUCAAUGCCUUAGUUAUGGUGCAGUAGGAGCUAUAUCUGAUAUAAAGAACCCUAUAAUGGUGGCCAGAAAGUUGGUAGAGGAGCAGAGAUGUGGAAAUUAUGUUUGCUCUUCUAGUACAAUGGUUGGAUCAGGGGCUACAAAAUGGGCAUUUGAACAUGGAAUACCUCAAGUGUCACCAGACACACUGAAAACAGAAUCUUCGAUAAAAACUUAUAACAGUCAUAAAAGACGGCUACGUGCAAUUGAAGAGAAGAAAAAAAUCAAAAGAAGAAAACAUUUACAGAAACAUGGUCAAGGAAAUGUAAAGGAUGAUGAAACUGCCCAAGUGAUAUGUAAUGGUAAACAAAGUAGUGAAGAUCAUGAUUGUAAUGGUAUACAGGAUACUGUAGGGGCAGUUUGUAUAGAUAUGUUAGGAAACAUGGCAGCUGGGGUCUCAAGUGGAGGAAUUUCCUUGAAACAGAGUGGCAGGCUGGGACCUGCUGCUAUGUAUGGAGCCGGUUGCUGGGCAGUAAAUUGGAAGUCUGAGAUUAAACCUGGCAUUGCCAUAGCUACCUCAGGUACAGGUGAACAUCUAAUGAAAACAUUACUUGCACGUGAAUGUUGCCAAAGUUUACAACAAGAUGAUUUCACUGAAAAUGCAUUUAAAAAGGUAUUCCAGGACAAGUUUUUAGAUUCAGAAUUUUUACAUGAUACUAAAGAAAAGUUUGGUGGAAUUUUAGCUCUGAAGUGUGACAAAUCUGACAGUAGUGCUGGUAACUAUGAGUUACUAUGGGGACACACUACAGAUAGUAUGUGUGUAGGUUUUAUGUCUAGUAAUACAAAAGUCAAGACUGUUAUAUCAAGAUUAGAAGAUGAUAAAAUUGCUGGCACAACUUUUGUCAUGGAGGGAAGAUCAUUUAAAUUAUGAGACAAAUGAUUGUUAGAUAUUAAAAAUAAAAUGAUUAGAUAUUAAAAAUACAAUUAUUAUUAAAUAUUGAGAAUAAAUUGUUACAUAUUAGAAAUACAAUGAUUGUAGAUAUUAAGAAUAAAUUGUUAGAUAUUAAAAUGACAUGAGUGUUGAUAUUAAGAAUAAUUUGUUACAUAUUAAAAAUACAAUUAUUGUAGAUAUUAAGAAUAAAUCAGUAGCUAUUAAAAAGAAAAUGAUUGUUAGAAAUUAAGAUUGUUAGAUAAUAAUAGUAACAUGAUGGUAAGAUAUUAAGAAUAAAAUGAUUAUGCUUAGCAUAGUCUAUUCAAGUCA